AUGCCACCUCUGGCUCUCUCCUCAGGCGGCAGCCCCAAGGGGGAUGUGGACCCCUUCUACUAUGACUAUGAGACUGUCCGAAAUGGGGGCCUGAUCUUCGCGGGCUUGGCCUUCAUCGUGGGGCUCCUCAUCAUACUCAGCAGAAGAUUCCGCUGCGGGGGCAAUAAGCAGCGCAGGCAAGUCAAUGAAGACGACCUGUAACAGCAGAGUGAGCUGUGCCCACCCACGGCACUGGGGCUGGCUGGG